GAGCGAGCGGGCGGGCGGGCGAGGUGACGCCCUCGCCCCAGGCACAGGCUCUCGGCGUUUGCUCGUGGGACCCCGGCUUCCGCGUACCCCAUGGCAACGUGUGUGUGCCCACGGGGAUGGGGGUGUCCCCGGAGGUCACCGCCGCCUCCUCGGCUGCCGUAGGGUCCCGCGUGAGGCUUGUGCGGGUUGGGGUGUGCGCGCCUUCGAGUCACCCCCCACCCCACCCCCCAAGUCUCGGUUUUCGCUGCCGUCGAGCCUCAGGCGAUCCUCGCCGGGAUUGGGGUGUCCUCGGAUUGGGGGGGGUCUUGCCGACCGGAAGCCCGCGCUGUGUAGAGGGGGAUCCUCUGAGCUCUGGUGCGGAGGACGCCGCUCUGACAGCGCCUCCCCGGGCGGGAGUCGAACCGCGGACUCCAGAGAUGGAUCCUGGUGAUGCAGCCCAACAGGAAGCAAAGCAAAGGGAAGCAGAAAUGAGAAACAGUAUCUUAGCCCAAGUUCUGGAUCAGUCAGCCCGGGCCAGAUGUGUCAGAACAAGGUUUGAUAGAAAUACUUGAGAAAGUCAGCCAACAGACAGAAAAGAAAACAACAGUGAAAUUCAACAGAAGAAAAGUAAUGGACUCCGAUGAAGACGACGCCGAUUACUAAGAGGACGCACUUAGACAGACUUCCGGAGCAGUGUCUAGGACAGUCACCACCUUGUAAAUGUUUACUUUGUUCCCUGUCUAUAUAUGCCUUUUGAAAAAUAAACUUGUACCUCAAACUCAAA